UCGCGUCCAGCUUUCUUUCAUUCUGUUACGAACCAUCCGUUGAAGAUGAACCGAAACAGCGCUCUUGCCACUGCCGCCAUCCUCCUGGUCCUGGCUCUGUCCACGGUGUACGCGGAAGUUGUACACUCGUCGUCAUGUCCCGCAUCGACAAAGACUGUGAAUUGCACCAUACAUGAAGUACGGGUGGAUCCAUGCCGAGAAGCUGCGGAAAAUAAACCUUGCUUGUUGAAGAGAGGUCACGUUGCCAGCAUUAGUUUCGACUACACUGCCCAGUUCACUGGUAACACAUUAUCUAGCAGGGCAUACUGGGCCUCCGAAAUCGCAGAUUUGCCAUUCCUAGGCAUGCCGCUUGAUGCUUGCUCUUCCACCGUUUGCCCGACUGUACCUGGUGAAAGACAAACGUACACGGUGAAUUUGCCGAUCUCGAAGAAAUUCCCCGCGCGAACAUACGACCUGAAAUGGAAGUUAUGGAACGAGCAAGACGAAGGGUGCUGUUUCAUGUUCCCGAUUAAAUUGCAGAAGUGAAACUGUUGUUCUUAAAUCCAACGUAUUGUUCUUCACUGACUAUAAUUCACCGAUCAAUAAUAAUUUAGACAAAUAAACGAUAUAUCAUAUCAACAA